UUGAGAAAAAUAUUGCAUUGGUAAAUUGCUCUGCUCCAGACAACUGCUAUUUCUUCUUCAGAUUUAAAGUCCCAAAUCACAAUCUGUAUUUAAGAGCUUCAAGUAGUAAUUACCUCUGUGCCCUUAAAAGGAUCUGCCGGUUUCCCUGCAAUCUUUUACAGGGUGAGCAGAGCUAUAUCCACUGAUAACCCAGCUGCCGAGGAACUGAGUAAAGCCGGCUCCAAACUUCUCAGCUGUUGACAGGCUUGACUUGCUGAGAACACUGGUUAAAUAUAGCACGCGCGAGCUCAGCUCCUCAACAAAGUCAUUGCUCCGACAGUGUUGUGAAGGGAGCAGAAGAAGAGAAACCUAAUCUCAGAACCCAACAACACCUAGCAACAGUUGAAAAAACUUUUAAACAAAAGUCUGGGUGGGAGAUAGACACCAGCCUCCAAUUCCUGCUGAUCGGGAUUUCAGGGAGAAGAAGCUGCUUUCCCCUUCCCUCUACUCAGUUUCCUGCAUGACUUCAGCUGUUGGCUAGUCCUAGGAAAGAAAGUGGGAAAAGCUUUUUCCUCUGUAUUCUUUUGGGCUGGAUAGUUUUCCAAGACUCCAGUCUCUCUGGGGCUGUGGGACAAGCCACUGGGUUCUUCAAAGGAUAAACUACCUCCAUAAAGGACAUACCCUUGGUUAAACAAGCUGCCGUCAGGUGGGAAUGAGAUCCCGAAACCAGGGCGGUGAAAGUUCAUCCAAUGGGCAUAUCUCCUGCCCCAAGUCCUCUAUCAUCAGCAAUGCUGAUGAUAAAAGUCUCUCAGAAGAUGCAAAAAAGAAAAACAAAUCAAACAGAAAGGAGGAUGAUGUCAUGGCCUCAGGAACUGUUAAACGACACCUAAAAUCAUCUGGAGAAAGUGAACGAAAAAAUAAGAAAUCCUUGGAGUUAUCCAAAGAAGACCUUAUACAGCUACUCAGUAUAAUGGAAGGAGAGUUGCAGGCCAGGGAGGAUGUGAUCCACAUGCUGAAGACAGAGAAAACCAAGCCUGAGGUUCUGGAGGCUCAUUAUGGGUCUGCAGAGCCAGAAAAAGUGCUGCGAGUCCUGCACCGAGACGCCAUCCUAGCCCAGGAGAAGUCUAUAGGAGAAGAUGUAUAUGAGAAACCGAUUUCAGAGCUGGACAGACUUGAGGAAAAACAGAAGGAGACGUACCGGCGCAUGCUAGAGCAGUUGCUGCUGGCAGAGAAGUGUCACCGGCGCACGGUGUACGAGUUAGAGAGCGAGAAGCACAAACACACUGACUACAUGAACAAGAGCGACGACUUCACCAACCUGCUGGAGCAGGAGCGGGAGAGGUUGAAAAAGCUCCUUGAACAAGAAAAGGCUUACCAAGCCCGAAAAGAAAAGGAAAAUGCUAAGCGGCUCAAUAAACUAAGAGAUGAGCUUGUGAAACUGAAGUCCUUUGCACUCAUGCUGGUGGAUGAAAGGCAAAUGCAUAUUGAGCAACUUGGCCUCCAGAGCCAGAAAGUACAGGAUCUUACUCAGAAACUGAGGGAAGAAGAAGAAAAGCUCAAAGCCAUCACUUCCAAAUCCAAAGAAGACAGACAGAAACUGCUCAAGUUAGAAGUGGAUUUUGAACACAAGGCUUCGAGGUUUUCCCAAGAGCAUGAAGAGAUGAACGCGAAGUUGGCCAAUCAAGAGUCUCACAACAGGCAACUUAGGCUCAAGCUGGUUGGCUUAACUCAGAGAAUUGAGGAGCUGGAAGAGACCAACAAAAACCUCCAAAAGGCAGAGGAAGAACUUCAGGAAUUAAGAGAUAAAAUUGCCAAAGGGGAAUGUGGCAACUCCAGCCUGAUGGCAGAAGUGGAAAAUCUCCGUAAGCGUGUGCUUGAAAUGGAGGGUAAAGAUGAGGAGAUCACUAAAACUGAAUCCCAGUGCCGGGAAUUGCGGAAGAAGCUGCAAGAGGAGGAACACCACAGCCGCGAGCUCAAACUUGAAGUGGAGAAGUUACAGAAGAGAAUGUCUGAACUGGAGAAACUGGAAGAAGCAUUUAGCAAGAGUAAAUCUGAGUGUGGCCAGCUCCAUUUAAAUCUGGAGAAAGAGAAGAACUUAACCAAAGACCUGUUGAAUGAACUGGAGGUGGUCAAGAGUAGAGUUAAAGAACUGGAAUGUUCUGAAAGUCGAUUGGAAAAGGCUGAAUUAAGUCUAAAAGAUGAUCUUACAAAGUUGAAGUCAUUUACUGUGAUGCUGGUUGAUGAAAGGAAAAAUAUGAUGGAAAAAAUAAAGCAAGAGGAGAGAAAAGUGGAUGGACUCAAUAAAAAUUUUAAGGUGGAACAAGGAAAGGUUAUGGAUGUAACUGAAAAACUAAUUGAAGAAAGCAAGAAGCUUUUAAAACUGAAAUCUGAAAUGGAGGAAAAGGUGUAUAAUUUGACAAAAGAAAGAGAUGAGUUAAUAGGUAAACUGAAAAGUGAAGAAGAAAAAUCCUCUGAAUUAAGCUGCAGUGUUGACUUAUUAAAGAAGAGACUUGAUGGGAUAGAGGAAGUGGAAAGAGAAAUAACAAGAGGAAGGUCUCGGAAGGGUUCUGAACUCACCUGCCCAGAAGAUAACAAGAUUAAGGAACUAACACUGGAAAUUGAGAGACUGAAGAAACGCCUUCAACAGCUGGAGGUGGUUGAGGGGGAUUUGAUGAAGACAGAGGAUGAGUAUGAUCAGCUGGAGCAGAAAUUUAGAACUGAGCAGGACAAGGCCAAUUUCCUCUCUCAACAACUGGAGGAGAUAAAGCACCAAAUUGCCAAGAAUAAGGCAAUUGAGAAAGGCGAGGCCGUGAGUCAGGAAGCAGAGCUGAGACACAGGUUUCGGUUAGAAGAGGCCAAAAGUCGAGACCUAAAAGCUGAAGUCCAAGCUCUUAAAGAGAAGAUCCACGAAUUAAUGAACAAAGAAGAUCAGCUUUCUCAACUCCAAGUGGAUUAUUCUGUCCUUCAACAAAGGUUUAUGGAAGAAGAAAAUAAGAACAAAAACAUGGGGCAGGAGGUCCUCAAUCUGACCAAAGAGUUGGAGCUUUCUAAGCGCUAUAGCCGAGCUCUUAGGCCCAGUGUGAAUGGAAGAAGAAUGGUGGAUAUUCCGGUGACGUCGACUGGAGUGCAGACGGAUGCUGUCAGCAGUGAGGCAGCAGAAGAAGAAACACCAGCAGUAUUUAUACGGAAAUCCUUUCAAGAAGAAAAUCAUAUCAUGAGUAACCUUCGACAGGUGGGAUUGAAGAAACCUAUGGAACGAUCCUCGGUACUAGACAGGUAUCCUCCAGCAGCCAACGAGCUCACUAUGAGAAAGUCUUGGAUUCCAUGGAUGAGAAAAAGGGAAAAUGGGCCCCCAAUCACUCAUGAGAAAGGGCCUCGAACAGAUGCCAGUCCAGGGCACCCAGGAGAACUGGUCCUUUCGCCAAAACAAGGCCAGCCUCUGCAUAUUCGAGUGACCCCAGACCAUGAGAAUAGUACUGCAACUUUGGAAAUAACCAGCCCGACGUCUGAAGAAUUUUUUUCUAGUACCACCGUCAUUCCUACCUUAGGGAAUCAGAAACCAAGGAUAACCAUUAUUCCAUCACCAAAUGUUAUGUCUCAAAAGCCAAAAAGCGGAGAUGCUACUCUUGGCACAGAACGAGCCAUGUCCCCAGUCACGAUUACUACAUUUUCUAGAGAGAAGACCCCAGAAGGUGGAAGAGGUAUGUUUGCAGACAGGCCCACAUCCCCCAUUCAGAUAAUGACAGUGUCUACAUCGGCAGCACCAGCUGAGAUGGGAGUCUCUCCGGAAUCCCAGGAAAUGCCCAUGGGAAGGACUGUCUUCAAAGUCACCCCAGAAAAACAGACUGUUCCAACUCCUCUACGGAAAUAUAAUUCCAAUGCCAAUAUCAUAACCACAGAAGACAAUAAAAUUCACAUUCAUUUAGGUUCUCAGUUUAAACGAUCCCCUGGGACUUCAGCUGAAGGAUCGAGUCCAGUUAUUACUGUCCGACCUGUCAGUGUGACAGCUGAAAAGGAAGUUUCCACUGGUACGGUCCUUCGCUCUCCUAGGAACCAUCUCUCGUCAAGACCUGGCGCUAGCAAGGUGACGAGCACUAUCACCAUAACGCCAGUCACAACUUCAUCUACUCGAGGAACCCAGUCAGUGUCAGGACAAGAUGGGUCAUCCCAGCGACCUACCCCCACCCGCAUUCCUAUGUCAAAAGGUAUGAAAGCAGGAAAGCCAGUAGUGGCAGCCCCAGGAGCAGGAAAUCUGACCAAAUUCGAGCCUCGAGCUGAGACUCAGUCUAUGAAAAUAGAGCUGAAGAAAUCUGCAGCCGGCAGCGCUACCUCUCUCGGAGGGGGGAAGGGCUGAGGGCAGUGGCUGAGGGGGUAUGUCGUGCCGAUGCUCCUGCUGCC